GGAAUAUUAUUCUUAAGUUACCGUGUUACUCAGUCUUUAGUUUUUCUAUGUUGUGUUUUGUAUACUGUUGUUUGUCUGUUGGUCUUUUUAAAGGCAGUGCUUUAAUGCCUUUCUAGUUGCCGGGUUAAUCCUUCCUUCCGCGAUAUCCAACUUAUCUACGUGGGGGGUCAUUAAACUCUAAGUAGAUCCGGAAAUGUUGAAUUCUCUCCUCUUCUUAUUGCGAUAUAAAAUGUUUUUUGUUACAUUUCAUUUACAUUGGGAAAUAGAGAAACGAUCAUUGUGUUUUGUUAGUUUUAAAAACUUUUGAUAUAUUAGUAUUUUGCAUUAUAAGCAGUCAACCGAUUGACAAACUAGAAUUAUUUGAAUUCCGUGUGGAAAGAGCUCGGGUUAAUUUCGAGUGUUAUCUGCAAUCUAGAUGUUUAUAAAUCAUUUCAGUCGUUGAUAUAAUAAUUAAAGGUCGACUGAACAUGAAUUAUAUUAUACAAUUUAAAGCGCAUUUCUGUUUAUGCACGUGAACCCGUCUAACGUUAUUUUCGCAGUUAUAUAAAGUAUCAAAUUAUCGUUCCUGAAUAGGUGGCGCCGUGGUAGCGGAUCCUGUUCCUCUUCUUCCGGUUUCUGCACUGUGCAACUAUUUCAGUUAUAUUUUUAAUUAACGAUGCCAAGUACUUGUUGUUGUGUACCUGGAUGUCAUUUAAGAGGAGGACAUGCAUUUCCAAAUGACUUAAAAAGAAGGAAAAGUUGGAUCAACGCCAUGGCCCAUACGCAGAUUGGACGAGAACACGAUGAUAUCGUGGAGUCCAUCUCAAUCAGCUGUUGUUUGCAAGGCACGUUUUACUGAAAAAGACUACGUGCAGGAAACUAUUCAUGGGCGCAAACCCACCAUACAGAGACUUAAGUCUACUGCAAUUCCCAGCCUAUUUUCCUGGACCAAGCAAGAAACUGAAUCGUCCGCAAAAAGAAAAAUGGCAGUUUCCUGUGAAAACAAAAGAACUAAACUUGAUGAAUAUUGUAGUAGAAAUCUAGAGGAAAGUUUUGAUUGUAAAGUUGGUUUUCCUGAAGAAGUCAUUCAUACUGCAGAAAGGAUUUAUGACUGUCCACCACCAACUGCCGAGCUAAUGUUGAGCUUCACAGAUGGAAUUACGCAAACACCAUCAAUGCCUAUGUUUUUAACAGAGAAUUUUGAAAUGAAGACACGUGACACAGCCAUGCAUUUUUAUACCGGUUUAGAGUUGUAUACUAAAUUUUUAUUUGUUUUGACCACACUUGGUCCAGCAGCACAUUGUUUGAGAUACAUACAUUUUCAAAUUGAUAGGGUGUCAGUUGAAAAUCAGUUUUUUUAUGACUUUGAUGAAAUUUAGUAGUGGUUUAGUCAGGUAUUUUUCACCAUCCAACUUCAAAUUAAAGUUUCCUACGACUUGGAUUAUUAUUGACAGCACAGAAUAUCCCGUGAUAAAACCUAAAGCUCCUAGAGCUCAGGCAACCUUUUCAUCAAAUAAAAACAGAAACACUGAAAAUUCUUGAAUGUUCGACACCUGGUGGUUUAGUCAACUAUGUCUCUAUGUCACAUAGAGCGAAUUAUUGGACUUGGCAAAACAUACAAAAUUCUAAUAAAUCCUAUGAAUGGAACUGAAACAAAACUUUCAUCUGAAAUAACAUUUAGUUGUUUUAUGUUGUGUAAUUUGGACUUGGCAAAACAUACAAAAUUCUAAUAAAUCCUAUGAAUGGAACUGAAACAAAACUUUCAUCUGAAAUAACAUUUAGUUGUUUUAUGUUGUGUAAUUUUAGAACUUGUAUUGUGCCAAAGGAUGCAUAAAUAAAAGUGACGCAAUGAA